AAGUGAAUCUUCCUGUUUAAAGAAAAAAUACUGAGUUAAGUUGUUCGAAGUGUCAUUUGAAUUUAUAUGUUUUGAAAAUCAAAAAAUAUAUGAUUAUCAGAUCAAAUUCUGAAGGGAAACGUGUACGUGAUGGCAAAAUCACAUUCUGAUCGUGAUAGAAAUAAUCUUUGUUCACCAAAAACAGUUUUCGAUGAAAGUCACACGUAUGAGCCUUUAAAACCAAUUCAUUUGCCAAUAUCGAAUGGCAGGUAUGAUACCUUGCAAAACGUUCAAAAUGCUGGAAAAAAUCAUCAAAACAAACUCAGUGGAAACGGAGAACAAGGGGAUUGUAACAUGGAACACAAUCAAACGUAUGAAAGAUUUACUUAUCAACGUGGUAUUAAUCAAAAUAUUUACGAUUCAACACAUACAGACGCAGCAUAUGUAUCUAAACAUUUUGUGAAUUCCGCGCCGAAAUCGAGAUUAUGCUAUAAUCAAAACACUUAUUGUUAUGCUACCACAACAGAUAUUAAACAAGAUGAUCAUUAUAGCGAAUUACAAAAACAGAAUUCUCGUAGCUCUGACUUAUAUGAGAUUACAGAUGGAAAACAACUGAACUUAACUCAAAACACUUUACCAAAUAAAUUGUUACCUAUCAGUGAUAAAAGGCAAGCAACUUUCGCAAAUCAGCGAGGAAAGAGAUGUGCGUGUUUCGUUAUUGGUUUCCUUUUGGGAGGUGCCAUAGCUAGUGUGGCCGUUUUUAUGUUCCUGAAAACCAAUUCUAAAAUUUCUAAAGAUCUAGAAAAGUACAACAUUCAGGCACAAGUGUUUGAUAACAUAUCGGUAUGCGAGUGGGAGACGUGGUCUUCCUGGUCAGAAUGCAGUGUUUCAUGUGGAAAUGGUACACAAUAUAGAGAAAGACAACAAAAUGGAACAUGUAAUGAUAAAGUUAAUAACAACACAAGAACAUGCACUAAUAACCCUUGCAAAGGUAGACGAAUAUUACUGGACAUGACUUUCGACCCAUCAACUCUAAAUGCGAACCGAUAUUUAUCAAGAGACAAUACAAUUCUGAGCAGCCAACGGUCAAGUCAAACACCCAAAGGGUCCCCUGGUAGUGGUGCACUACAAAGGUAUAGUGGAGUAAUUGCAGACCAGUGUUUUGGAAACGGAAGGAAAAUUUAUUACCGUGUAUCAUAUAACUAUACUUUGAAAACUGUUUUGUCGGCCACUAAUCUUAUUUUAGAAGUAGGUCUUUCACAGAGAGACGAGAUUGAUCGAUCUGAUUUUGUUGGAAAUGUACAGCAAAAGGGUUGGUCAUUUGCACUUGCUAGAUGUGGAUCUUCAAACAAAAUUUGUUUGAGAGCAAAACAUCUAAGAACACUUAAAACGAAUGAUGUUUUCAGUGGGAAUAGUGUAGGGUUGCAGAGUAAUGGUAUUUUUGAGUUACUUAUAGACAGGCAGAACAAUAAGUUUUCUUUGAAAAUUUCAAAUUCACAACAAACUGUUAUUUCGUUUGAAAACGUUUACUCGAACAAAGAACUUUGUCCAGUAUUCGGAGUUCAUAACAUACCAAAAGUAAAUGUUCUCCUCGGGAUAUUGGAGAGUAGAGAUGUAACACAAGAACAGUUCGAAUUUUAAACCGUUUUUUUAACCCUUGUUUACAUAAAGGAAAGAGACAAUAAAUAAACGUAAACAGUAGAUAAAUGUAUAGAACAAUAGUUAUAUAGAUUAGUAAUUUUAUGUAUAGCAUGUAUACAUAGAUAGAUAAAUAAAUUGAUAGAUUUAUAGAAAGAUAGAAAUAGGUUAAGUUCAUUUUCGAUUUAUGAAUUUGACUUUCCCUCUGGUAUCUUUCGUCCCUCUUUUAAACACAUAUAAAAUAUGUAUUGUUUUAAUUCUUGCCAUUCAUGUUUGAUCAUGGGCUUUGUGUAUAUGCUAUUUUGUUUUUCUUUGUUUGCCAUA